UUCCGGUGUUGUGUAUGUUCCUGGAAACAUGGCGGCCAGCUUCCGCGGCCGUCCUAUCCGGAGUCUUCGGAUGCGAGGUCGGAAUGACAGCGGGGAAGAGAACGUACCGCUGGAUCUGACCAGAGAACCAUCAGAAAACUUCCGGGAAAUCAUUCAAAAUGUGGCCAAACCACAUGGAGUCAGUAACAUGCGAAAACUGGGCCACCUGAACAACUUCAUAAAGCUGCUAUGCAGCAUAGGCCACCGUGAGGAAAACUUUGGAUUCACAUAUGAAGAAAUCAUCAUUUGUCUGCGACUAGCUUUACUAAAUGAGGCUAAGGAAGUCCGUGCUGCAGGGUUGCGGGCCCUUCGCUACCUCAUUAGAGACACCAACGUUCUGCAGAAGGUCCUCAGACUACAGGUUGACUAUUUAAUAGCCAGAUGCAUUGACAUCCAGCAGAGCAAUGAGGGAGAGAGGACUCAGGCUCUAAGACUAGUACGAAAGAUCAUCACUGUCAAUGCUAUGCUGUUUCCCUCCUCUAUUGCAAACUCUUUAAUUGCUGUGGGAACUGAUGGACUUCAGGAACGAGACCGCAUGGUUCGUGCAGCUAUCGCCAUCGUUUGUGAGCUAGCCCUGAAAAAUCCAGAGGUGGUGGCCAGACGGGGAGGCCUCAGCACUAUCCUUAAGAGUGUGAUCGACUGUCAACUGAGUCGCAUCAAUGAAGCUCUGAUCACCACCAUUCUCCAUCUCCUUAAUCACCCACAUACCCGCCAGUACGUGCGUGUUGACGUCGAGCUGGAGCAAAUCCUCGCACCUUUCACUGACUUCCACUACCGCCAUACUGCAGACACGGCUGAAGGGCAACUCAAGGAAGACCGAGAGUCACGCUUUUUGUCAAGUAGAAUGGCGAUAGUGGCUGCCUUUCGCUCUUGGUCUGGGAUUAUCAACCUAUGCAAGGCAGGAAAUUCUGGAAUCCAAUCUUUAAUUGGCUUACUUUGCAUACCAAAUAUGGAAGUUAGGAAAGGCUUGUUGGAGGUGUUAUAUGAGAUAUUCAGGCUCCCUGUGCCCAUUGUAACACAAGACUUUAUGGAAGGUCUUCUAAGUGUUGACCCCGCCCGGUUCCAGGACACAUGGAGGCUGUCUGAUGGGUUUGUUGCUGCUGAGGCCAAAGUCAUCCUACCCCAUCGGGCCCGUUCUAGGCCAGAUCUAAUGGACAACUAUCUGGCCUUUGUUCUGUCGGCGUUCAUCACUAAUGGGCUGUUAGAGGGGCUCGUUGAAGUCGUGACCAGCAGUGAUGAUCAACUUGCUGUCAGAGCUACCAUCCUUUUGGGAGAACUUCUACACAUGGCAAACACCAUCCUUCCUCAUUCUCACAGUCACCACCUGCACUGCCUUCCUACCCUCAUCAACAUGGCAGCCUCCUUUGACAUCCCCCAGGAAAAACGACUGCGGGCAAGUGCUGCUGUCAAUAAUCUGAAACGUUUCCAUGAGAAGAAGAAGAGGGGUUUGAAGCCGCACAGUCUUUACCUGGACCACAUCAUCCGCAAGUCUGUUUCUUCACAUAACCGCAGAGAGUCACACUCUCGUGCACACAGAGACAUCUAUGUCAUCAAGGACACAGAAGAAGCACUUAUGAUGAACCUGAGAGACAGUCACAUACUCAACCACAAGCAAAACCUGGAAUGGAACUGGUUGCUCAUCGCCACCAUUCUCAAGUGGCCACAUGUAAACCUCAGGAACAACAAAGAUGAACAAAUGCACAAGUUUGUGCGGAGGCUGCUGUAUUUCUAUAAACCCAGCAGUAAGUUGUAUGCAGGGCUGGCACUGGACCACGUAAAAGCCAGACAACUCACUGUGGUUGGCUGUCAGUUCGUCGAGUUCCUCAUGGACUCAGAUGAGGACGGCCAGGGGUAUCUGGAGGAGCUGGUGAGGGACAUGGUUUCAUGGCUCUCCUCUUCGUCUGGGCUGAAGCCUGAGCGCUCUCUGCAGAGUAACGGUCUGCUAACCACUCUCAGCCAACACUACUUCCUCUUCCUCGGCACUCUCUCUGCACAUCCGCAGGGAGUCAAACUGCUGGAGAAAUGUGGCCUGUUUCAGUGCCUGCUGAAUCUGUGCUCUGUGAAGAACCAGGAUGCUGUGCUGAAACUUGCUGUAUCCACACUGGACUACAGCAGAGAUGGUCUGGCCAGAGUGAUCCUCUCUAAGAUCCUCACUGCUGCUACUGAUACAUGCAGGCUGUUUGCCACCAAGCAUCUCCGUGUGCUGCUACGUGCUGGUGUGGAGUUCUUCAGUAGCUGGGGCAUGGAGCUGCUGGUCACACAGCUGCAUGACCACAACAAGGCUGUUUCCAUGGAGGCCCUGGACAUACUGGAUGAGGCCUGCGAGGACAAGGCUAAUCUUCAUGCUCUAAUUCAGCUGAAACCAGCUCUGUCCCAUCUGGGAGACAAAGGUCUCUUGCUGCUCCUCAGGUUCCUGUCCAUUCCUAAAGGCUUCUCCUACCUCAAUGAGAGGGGCUAUGUCAGCAAACAGCUGGAAAAAUGGCAGAAGGAAUACAACCUUAAGUAUGUGGACCUGAUAGAGGAGCAGCUCAACGAAGCUCUAACAACCUACCGCAAACCUGUUGAUGGAGACAACUAUGUCAGGCGCAGCAACCAAAGGUUACAAAGACCAAAUGUAUAUCUCCCUGUGCACUUGUACGGUCAGCUAGUUCACGAUAAGACAGGCUGCCAUCUAUUAGAGGCUCAGAGUGUGGUUCCUGACCUCAGCUAUGUGGUUCGCUCCCCGAUGCUGGACACCUGGGAGGGCAUUAAACAGCUGAAGGCUGCUCUUUGGGCUCUGGGCAACAUCGGUUCUUCAAACUGGGGUCUGAAUCUCCUGCAGGAGGAGAAUGUCAUUCCUGACAUCCUCACACUGGCUCAGCACUGUGAGGUGUUGUCAGUACGAGGGACAUGUGUAUAUGUGCUGGGUGUCAUCUCCAAGACCAGGCAGGGCUGUGAGGUGCUGAAGCAGUAUGGUUGGGAUGCAGUCAGACACAGUCGCAGGACGCUGUGGCCUGUCACUCCAGAAGAGGUUGACACACAGCUGACCUCUGAACUUUCCUCAGUACCGAGCACACUCAGUCUGAACUCUGAAUCCACCAGCUCCCGCCACAACAGCGAGAGCGAGUCUCAACCAAACAUGUACAUCCUGGACGAUGACAAGUGUGACAUUUUGGACCAAACAGACGAGCCUUCUUUCUAUUCACACUCCAAACCAGUGAAGGACCGCAGCCCCUUCACAAUCCUGGCUUCCUCACGCUUUGUUCGCACCCGAUUCCUCAACUCAUUGUCCCUCCCAAGCAAGAAGCUGCGCUCCACCAGUGAUCCCAAGACACCCUCAGGGUCCCGGACCCCUACGGAACUCAAGACGGGGAGUAUGAGGAGAAACAGAACAGUGACAGAGCCCUCUGUCUACAGCCCGAACCAGGGGGAUGUCUUCACCCCUAUCUUUAAUGGCAGAGGAAUGCCCAGGAGUCCCACUGUCAGCCUGGAGACGUCAUUUGUUGGGACCAGAGGAGGCUCUGAGGAGCAGCUCGUGGAUGGCAGGCUGGCCAGGGGCGGAGGUUCAGGCCUCGGACUCAGUGGUCUCGGAGGGCAUGGGGCUACAGAUCAACCUGUCCGGGAGAGGGAGCAGACCAGUCGAGAACGCCUUGCAGGAGGUGAUGGUGGCUCCUCCUCUAGUGGAGGCAAUGUGGGAGGGGGCGGAGGAGGUGGUGGAGGUACUCAGUUUAAAAGCCGCAGUCAGAGCUUUAACACGGACACCACAACCAGCGGCAUUAGCUCCAUGAGCUCCAGCCCCUCCAGAGAGACGGUUGGAAACCCCGAACACCCCGAGCCUGAACCAGACUCCUCUGACUGUGUGAGCCUUAACACAGUGGUAUCAGCCAAGACUGUCAAAACACUCUCCUCCCUCACCCCCCAGGCUCAGACCAACCACAUGUCCACGUCUAAGUCCUCCACUGUCUCAUUGGUACCGCCCGGCUCGUCGCACACACUCCCCCGCCGAGCUCAGUCUCUCAAGUCCCCUUCCGUUACCACAAUCAAGAGCCUGGCUGACUGUAGCUUUAUGUACACCAGCCCUCGAGAUGCACUUGGUUACGCUACGCUGAAAAGGCUGCAGCAGCAAAGGAUACACCCUUCUUUGUCUCACAGUGAGGCUCUGGCUUCACCUGCCAAAGAUGUGUUGUUCACCGACACCAUCACCAUGAAGACCGGCAGCCUGGACUCUAGACUCACACCUCGCAGGGUAUCAGACAGGAGGGAUACCUGUCCAGAACCCAGCGUUUUAUCUCCAUACCGCAGACUGUCCAGAACUUUGGUUCCGUGUCUCUCCCCCCGGAUCCUCUCACAUACCUCUCCUCUUGCCCUCCCUAGGUUUCUGAAAGCUCUGAGCUUUGCCUCUCUUGAUAAAGAGGAAUUACUCAGUCCCAUCAACCAAAGCACCCUGCAUCGCUGCUCCUCAGUGCGCUCUAUGGUGUCUAGCGCCACCUUUGGGUGCAACGAUGAUUACAUUGGCCUUGCACUGCCCAUGGAUAUCAACGACAUGUUCCAGAUCAGAGACACAGCCUACUUUCAGCAGAGGAUCAGCCCGCCGUCUGAGGAGAGGAAGCGCUUUCUGUUUGGAGAUGGAGAUGGUGACCGCCCAGCUGUCCCGAUACUGAAGACACAGUUCAGUAUCUCUGAGCUUAUUGCAAGUCGAGGUGAUUGCCAGAACCACAUGGUGGGUUCGGAGGAGACAGGACUGCAGGAUCACACAGAAGAGAACUGCCUCUACUGCGUGGGGUCCAUCGUCCUCGGAUACCAGACCCAGCCGCAGAUCAACAGCACGCAUCCUCGCACAGAUUACGUUGAGUUCCCAUCAUGGAGUGGUCAAACUGGCCAUCGUCUGGAGGUGAUGCCUCAGUCCAAGUUCUCUGGAGUGUCGGGCUGCAGUGAUGCCGCUGUUUCUCAAGGCUCAAUCUGUAGUACGCCCACCCCCAGUGACAUUGUCAUCGGUGGCAAGACAAUAUCAGAGGAUGGCCCCGCCUCCAGAGUUUUGCUGAGGAAGGAGGUGCUUCGCCUCAUCAUCAACCUCAGCUCCUCUGUAGGAACCAAAGGCCAUGAAACAGGACUACUGACGAUAAAGGAGAAGUUUCCCUAUGCAUUCGAUGACAUCUGCCUGUACUCUGAGGUUUCUCACCUCUUAUCCCACUGUAUGUUUCGCCUGACCUCAAGACGUUUCAUACAAGAACUCUUCCAGGAUGUGCAAUUCAUGCCAAUGUAUGAGGAAGCAGAGGCAAUCCUGACAAAGCAACCAAAACCUGUCGAAGAGGAUGUGGACCCACCUGCAGAAUCCUGAUCAUCCUCCCCUUUGUGUUCGCUGCACAACCCCAGUCUUGCCACCCAACGAACAUGGAAUAAACUCAAAACUGAUGGAGCAUGAGAGAGAAAGGAUUCGGAGGUGUUUGGCAUGUUUCUGUCGCUCUUAACAGGUUACCGCCGCCAAGAAAAAGGAGGAGGUGGUCAUCACUCGCCUUUCUUCUAGCAAACUAAAGCUGGAGACAAAGAACGUCAGUAUCUGUAAACAAAAUUUAACCCAACACGCCUAAUGCUGUGUCAGACUUCUUUUUUGUUUUUGUUUUUUUUUUUACAGGAAAAAGGGUGAGCAGUUUAACCAAAUACUGUUUUUAGAAUGGGUUGGCAAUCUUGAGCAAACACUCAAUAAUACAUCAACAUAUGUUUAAGGACAAACAAGCUGGAUCAUUAAGACAAAGACUCACGCUGUUUUAGAAAAAAAAAUGAUGAAAAACUAGCAACAUUUUAUCUCUUUCCAGAGGUGGUGUUUUCUGUAAUGAAAUGAUUAAGGCAUGUUGUUGUGUCUACCCAGUGAUUCCUCGGACCCUGCGUCCUCUUAUCCUAAUGACACUAAACACUACAGAGGGUCGUGCUGUUUUUAAACUUAUCUGGAGCCUUUCUGGUCCAAAUCCCACCCCAACCUGUGAUCUGUUCUAGCCAGAUAUGUGCUUUGCUUCUCUUGCCUCGCCACUUCCUACAACCUGUAGCCUCUUGUCAACACAGACAGCCAAUUACUUUUCUAUUUCUUGUAUCUUCAGACAAUCAAGCAUCAUUAGUCUUAUAUUUUCGUAAGUGUUUAAAUAUGCCACCCUUACUCAGUACAUGAGGAGAAUAGCAUGUAAUCUAAUGCUAGUUUUUGCCAUCCUUUCCUUGCUUAGGACCUUUAAUGUUUUUCUUCAGCCAUUGCAUUAUUAUUAGUAAGCUUCUUGUUUAAGGAAAUCUCAGGAGGUGUGAUCUCCAUUCUGUUGUGCAACUCAUUACAGGGUUAAACUCUGCUCAUAAACAUUUCCACAGCCUACAUUAAGCCCAGCAGCUACCCGACUAUGCCUUCUUACCUCCACGCUUCACUCCCACUGCAUGUGCAACAAGCAUGGCCAACCUUUAACGCCACCUUAACGUGUUUCCUGCUUGUAAAACUUUUUAAAAAUAGGUUGCCAUUACACGCUGCCAUCACACCAUAGGAAUAUAGUCGCCCCUGAAUCUGUUUUCACGAUGCAAUAUCACUGUCUGUCUUUGGCUGAGACGGGGGAUGAAAUGACUAAAGGGGUUUGUAAAAGGUUUCCAGGGAAACGGGGAUCGCUGUUUCCAUUGGCUUGUUUUUUUGCUAUAAUGCUGCUACAAAAAAAACGGACUCGUAGAGAGAUGAUUCAUAGAUCAGCUGAGUGAUGUCAGAUCCGAUCUAUUUAUUAUAUGUCUGUACCAUAGAGUGAGCUCAACCAGAGAAGAAAAAAGUUAUUUAUAUUUUUUCCUCAAGACUGUAUUAUAAUUUAAAAAACUUUUUUUUUUUUUUGUUUUUUUUUUUUUUGUUUUUUGCCUGAAUCGUGGUUUCCCUUGUAUAAUGUGUACAGUAUGUUUUGGGGGCAUUGAUGACCUAAAGAAACAUACAAUCCUAAAGGGAUGCAUUGUUAAUAAAAACAAAAAUUGAAAUACCCAA